GCUGCUCUGCAGCCGCCGCGCCGCGAUGGGGCUGGAAACAGAGAAAGCAGACGUGCAGCUUUUCAUGGAAGAUGACGCCUACAGCCAUCACAGCGGCGUCGACUUCGCCGAUCCUGAAAAGUUCACGGACGCUGGCAGCGAUCGCGAUCCCCACGGGCUCAACUCGCAUCUCAAGCUGGGCUUCGAGGAUGUGAUUGCAGAGCCGGUGACUACGCACUCCUUUGACAAAGUAUGGAUCUGCAGCCAUGCCCUCUUUGAAAUCAGCAAAUACGUGUUCUACAAGUUCCUGACCGUGUGCCUUGCAAUCCCCCUGGCCUUUGCCGCGGGGAUUCUCUUCGCAGUUCUCAGCUGUCUGCAUAUCUGGAUUAUGAUGCCUUUUAUAAAGACCUGCCUGAUGGUUCUGCCUUCGGUGCAGACGAUAUGGAAGAGUGUGACAGAUAUGGUCAUCGCUCCGUUGUGUACAAGCAUGGGACGAUGCUUCUCCUCUGUCAGCCUACAGCUGAGUCAUGACUGAACACUAGGAACUUGGGGCUGGAGAGCUGGCUCCUGUGAGCCUUCUGACAUUGUCAUAAAAGCGCUACUGUUCUGUCCAUUCCCCAACCAUUCCAAUUAAAAAAACUACUGAGAUGGGCACCCACAUUGACAAAUGCUUAUUGGCAGAUCUUUUCAAGUCAUGCUAUUCUAAUUAACAGCCAAGGAUGUCAUGUCUAACUUCAUACCCAGAAUUAAACAGGAGAUUGGCAAUACAUUAAUUUUGACAGGCAGUUUUCGUUUUAGUGCAGAAGGCUACAUUUUAUAGUGAUGAAUUUAUAGAGAUUAAGAGACGUUUCUCUCAAAACACUACAAUACUUUUGCUCACAGCUCUUGACAAAAAUACUGGAUUUCUUUUCUUAAUUUUGGGAAUAAUUCUUCUUAAAUUACUUUUAUAACAAUAGUAAUAAGGAUAGAGAUAAGAUAUUCAGAUCCUCUAAAUUGCAACAGCAAAAACACACUUUAAAAACACAUAGCAAUGAUCAUAAAAUAUCAGAUAUUAAAAAAUAUGAAAAUAGCUCAUGAAAAAUUUAUUCCUCUAAGCUACUGUUAACUGUUAACCUAUAGGCUUAUUUAACAAGAUGUUUCAUUUGAUUGUAUAUUUUGUACUGAAUGUAAAUUGUUGCUUUAAUCAGAUUGCUCUAAAGAAAGUUAUAUUUGUUAUCUUGUUGAACUAAUAUAUAGAAUGAAACCUGUAUUCCCCACAAUGUAAUUUCAUUGGUAAGACUCCACAGUAAUUAUAGAAGCGUUAAGAAAAUCAUUACAAGACUUUUUUCUUAAAUUUUCAUAACAAAAUCCUUAACAUGUUUUAUGAUUAAUUUUAUGUGGCAGUGAUCUUAAAAUAAUUCCUGUAUAAUUGGAAUUUAUUUGUGGCAAUGCUUUUUUUCUUUUCUUUUCUAGUUAGAAAUUAAUACUUUGUAAUUCAUUCCUGUUAAUGUUAAACUUUCCUUUUAAUUGAUAUUGGUGCUAUAUAAUAAUAUUUAACAAUAGAGACUAUUUCUGACUACGUAUAAUGUUAACUAUAGUAAUUCACAUAGUAGGCUAUUUGCCAGUUUGUUGGGUUCAUACUACUGAGCUAUGUACAUAAAUUAAUAAUUUGCAACCAUGAGUAAUGAAGAUGUUCCCUGUUACAGGUUUAAUAAUGCAGGAUCAAGUUUGCUUGUAUUUUUGUACUGUAGUGUGCUAUUUCUCUUAUGAGAUGCUGUUGGGUUAAAACUCAUUAUUCCAAAAUAAUAUAGAUGCACUACAUAUGUCUCUUACGUGAGUAGUUAUAAUUUACACAUCAGUGUGUAUAUUUCAAUGUGUCGAUGCUUACAUUUCAAAAUUACCACCAGAACCUGAAUAUCCUCACUUAAGUGACAAAUCUUCAUUCAUUGAAGAGUAAUGAGAUUUUUCAGAAUUACCAGAUCCAGUGAACAUAAAGAAAGAUUGAACUGGAAUACUAUUUGUAACCAAAUCGAGUGAAUGCUUCAGUUAGGAAGUUCAUAUUCUUUUGAGGGUAAUUAAGAAGAGACACUUCAGAACUGCCUUUUGCCAUUGUAGCAUUCUCUACAGAAAACCUUCAUGACGAUUACCCCUCGCUUGACUGUACAGAUUUCAUUAUGCUAGUUAGGACAAUCAGUCUCAUGGCUUUAUAGUUACACUUUGUAUUUAAAUGCUUGUUAAAAAUCUUUGGAUAGGUAACUAAGCCACAAGUAUUUGAUGAAUAAAUCAUCUAUUUUAAUAAACAUGGGCUUCCAUCUUUUCAAAUCAUUCCUGGCAAUUUUUAAAGCUAAAGUAUACAUACACAGCCAUGUACCAAAGUCUUUCCACUUCUAAAAACACAACUUCCAAUGAUUAGUUUCAAAAUGAGCUGUCACUGAGAUUUUCCAUAACCAUUUCAUUUCAAAUAUUCAAACUUUGUAUCAAAUAAAUCCAAGUUUUCUAUGUAUUCAUAUUGGCUUUUAUCUGAGGCAGGAGGAAGUGGAAGAUUAUCCACAAUAAACUUUUAGAAAA